UCAUAGCAGAAGAGUCAAAUUUUCAGUUCAGGAGCACCAGUCACCUGAGUGGAAGGAUGUCAACUUUAUGGAGUUGGCAAACUUUAUGCGUUUGUAUAGAAGUUUUCAACUGAGCAGAAUUGAAAAAAUGUCAGGCAGCAGACCUGAAAAGAAGUCAUAAAAAUGCAUCAACAAAGGAUGAUAAUUGCGAAGAGUCAGUUAACUAAGCAAAUCAUUUUUUACGAGGACAAGAACUUCCAGGGCCAGUGCUAUGAGUGUAGCACUGACUGUUCAGAUCUGCACUCAUUCUUUACUCGAUGUAACUCUAUCCGAGUAGAGCGAGGCUGUUGGGUGCUUUAUGAGAAAGCAAAUUACACUGGAUAUCAAUAUAUUCUGACCAGGGGAGAAUAUCCAGAUUAUCAGCACUGGAAUGGAUACAAUGACAGUAUUAAAUCAUGCCGGCUUAUUCGCCAUGCUACUGGUGGUUUAUACAAAAUUCGAAUCUACGAAAGGCCAGAGUUUGGUGGCCAAAUGGUAGAACUGACCGAAGAUUGCCCAUCUAUCCAUGAUCGUUUCCCUUACCAUGAACUGCAGUCCUGCCAAGUGAUAGACGGAGCUUGGGCCUUUUAUGAGCAUCCUAACUACAGGGGCAGACAGUACCUGCUUGAAAAAGGAGAAUACAAGCACUACAGUGACUGGGGUGCCACAUUUCCCACUGUGGGAUCCUGCCGUCGUAUUAUGGAGUUCUAG